AUGGUGAGCAUUCCAGUGGCAAUCUUACCCUCAAAUGGCGAAACCAUUCUGGUAGGCUUUGGCACAGCCGAAUUCCCUUUCAACUCAACUGGAGCUACAGAAGAUUCUGUUCUCCAAGCAAUUCAACUGGGCUACAGACACUUCGAUACUGCUUCAAUGUACCAGAACGAACAAUAUCUCGGCGAAGCAAUAGCGGAAGCUUUACAUCUCAGCCUCAUCAAAUCUCGCGAUGAGCUUUUCAUCACUUCAAAGCUUUGGACUACCGAUUCACACCGUGAGCUUGUCCUCCCUGCCCUGCAAAACACUCUCAAGAAUCUUAGGUUGGAUUACCUUGAUCUUUAUCAAAUUCAUUUUCCGGGAAGCUUGAAACCAGGGUCGGGGUUUGCGAUUAAUGAAGAAAAUAUCGUUGCAAUUGAUUUGGAAUCUGCCUGGGAGGCCAUGGAGGAAUGUCAAAAGCUUGGUCUUACGAAAUCCAUAGGAGUCAGCAACUUUUCCUGCAAGAAGCUUGAGAAAUUACUUGCAUCUGCAAAAAUCCCUCCGGCUGUCAAUCAAGUGGAGAUGAACCCAGUUUGGCAACAGAAGAAGCUGAGAGAGUUCUGUGAGGAAAAGGGCAUCCAUAUAACAGCUUAUUCGCCGUUGGGAGCCAAAGGAGUAGUUUGGGGAACUAACAGAGACAUGGAUUCUCAAGUGCUGAAAGAGAUUGCAAUUGCUAAAGGAAAGACAGUUGCUCAGGUUUCUCUCAGGUGGGUUUAUGAGCAAGGAGUAAGUUUAGUUGUGAAGAGCUUUGACGGAGAAAGAAUGAAAGAAAACCUUGAGAUAUUUGACUGGCGGUUAAGUGCUGAAGAACUUCAGAAAAUAGAACAAAUUCCACAGAUGAGAGGGAACAUCAUUCAGUCAUUUGUGUCAGAGAAGGGUCCUUACAAGUCCAUUUAAGAGAUCUGGGAUGGAGAAAUUUAAGGUCAAUUU